UUUGUUCUCCAUCUAAGUUCUACCAGGCGGAGCCACUAUAUUCAGCACAUGCGCAUUAUCAAAAUCUAUAUUAAAAUGGAGGAAAAGAGUCAAGUUGUGGAACGAGAGGCUAAGAAGGAUGAAAUUCACGAAAAAGAUGGAAAAUCUGCAAGUUCAAAAAAGAGACAUCGCAAAAAGAAGAACAAGAUGGCGCAUGCCACUGGUGAAAAUCACAACCACGUUGGCCACAGAGACGAACAUGAAAUGCAUAGCACGUGUAAUAUUUCAAUAAAAGAUAUACAAAUGGCAAUGGAAGUUUUUAACAUACAACAAAAACCAGCCAAAACUCAAGAAGAGGCUAUGCAAAAACCUUAUCAGUUUUGGAGUACACAGCCAGUACCAAAAAUGGAUGAAAAAAUAAUUAAAAAUGAACCUAUCGAAUCCGACAAAACAUCUAUCAGGGCAGAACCUUACUCAUUACCAGCAGAUUUUCAAUGGGAUACAUUAAAUCUUGAUGAUCCAUUAGUUCUAUGUGAAUUGUAUACUUUAUUAUCCGAAAAUUAUGUGGAAGAUGAUGAUGCUAUGUUUAGAUUUGAUUAUCCUCCAAAUUUUUUAAAAUGGGCAUUGCAAUCUCCUGGAUGGUGCAAAGAAUGGCAUUGUGGGGUACGGGUGACUAAAACUAGACGUUUAGUUGGUUUCAUUUCUGCUAUUCCAGCUACUCUACGUGUUUAUAACCACACCCAAAAGAUGGUGGAAAUAAAUUUCUUGUGUGUACACAAAAAACUGAGGUCAAAACGAGUUGCGCCCGUAUUAAUACGCGAAAUAACUAGGAGAGUUAAUCUUCAAGGUAUAUUUCAGGCUGUGUAUACUGCUGGUGUUGUACUGCCAAAACCAAUAGCUACUUGUAGGUAUUGGCAUCGUUCUCUCAAUCCAAAGAAAUUAAUCGAAGUAAAGUUUUCGCACUUAUCUCGCAAUAUGACUAUGCAGAGAACUUUAAAAUUAUUCAAACUGCCAGAAAAUACAAAAGUACCAGGAUUUAGAAAAUUGGUUGAAGCAGAUAUACCUCAAGCUCAUAAAAUAUUAACCGAAUAUUUGGAGAAAUUCGAUUUGGCCCCAAUCUUCUCGAUCGAGGAGUUUCGGCAUUGGUUCCUUCCGCAAUACGGGAUUAUUAAUAGUUUCGUAGUAGAAAAUGAGGGUAAAAUCACCGAUAUGGUUAGUUAUUAUACGUUACCGAGCUCCAUAAUGCAUCAUCAAACACACAAGACGCUUAGGGCCGCGUAUAGUUUUUACAACGUGUCCACGGCGACUCCUUGGAUCGAUCUUAUGACGGAUGCACUGAUAUCGGCUCGUAAUCUCGAUUUCGACGUGUUUAACGCAUUAGAUCUAAUGGACAACAAAGAAUUUUUAGAACCGUUAAAGUUUGGUAUAGGCGAUGGAAAUCUACAAUAUUAUUUAUAUAAUUGGCGUUGUCCUAGUAUGACACCUGGAAAAAUUGGUUUGGUGCUUCAAUAAAAUUCUAGCUCAGCAAGUUUGUUGUGUAGAAAAAAAAUUUUCGCACGUGCAAGCUUAAAAAAAA